AUGGCCUUAUAUUUAAAAACUGCUCUAGUAGGCGACAGUUCAAUAGGUAAAACCAGUUUAAUGGUUAAAUACGUUGAAGGUUCAUUCGAUGAGGAUUAUAUCCAAACGCUUGGUGUUAAUUUUAUGGAGAAGACUAUUUCAAUUCGACAAACUGAGAUCACUUUCUCUAUAUGGGACUUAGGCGGUCAAAGAGAGUUUGUUAAUAUGCUUCCACUCGUCUGCAACGAUGCAGUAGCCAUUUUAUUCAUGUUUGACUUAUCGAGGAAGAGUACCCUCAACUCAAUAAAAGAGUGGUACAGACAGGCUAGAGGUUUCAACAAAACAGCCAUACCGUUCCUAGUCGGCACAAAGUUCGACAUUUUCGCUGGUUUGCCAAAGGAAGAUCAAGACGAGAUUACUAAGCAGGCUAAAAGAUUCGCAAAAGCUAUGCACGCACCACUCAUCUUCUGUUCUACAUCCCAUUCAAUACACGUUCAGAAGAUCUUCAAGAUCGUUCUCUCAAAAGCAUUCGAUUUGAAGUGUACCAUUCCGGAAGUACACGAAUCAGGCGAGCCUUUGCUCAUUUAUAAAGAUUAA